GCAGACCCAGCGGACAGCCAGGGUGCAGGGAGCCAGCGGACAAGUCUGUGUGUCUGCCUCACUCACCACCCUCGCUCUGCACCAUGGGGAAGGACAGGCUGCCUGGUGGCCCGAGCAUCUUCCUCCUGCUCCUCUUCCUCCUCCCUGGAGACAGCUCGCCCACCACCGAACCGCAGUACAUGGUGCUAGUGCCCUUUCUGAUCCACACCAACGGUCCUGAAAAGGUCUGUAUCCAGCUGACCCACCUGAACGAGUCUGUGACGCUGAGCGCCACGCUGGAAUAUGCAGGGGAGAACAGGAGCCUGAUCGCAGACGUGGUGUCGGAGAAGGACGUGUUCAAGUGCGUCCCGUUCACGGUUCCAAAGUCCAGCAGCUCAUCAGCAGCGUUUCUCACGGUGCUGGUGAAGGGGCCGACGCUGGAGUUCAGGAGCCGGAAAUCGGUGCUGGUCAAGAACUCAGAGAGCCUGGUCUUUGUCCAGACGGACAAACCCAUCUACAAACCCGGACAAACAGUUCUGUUUCGGAUCGUCUCUCUGGACGAAGACUUCCGUCCCCUGAAUGAGAAGUUUUCACUGGUCUUCAUCAAAGUAAGUGGCCCAUUGAUUUUUACUCUCACAGCCUCUAGCUGA